AUGGUUGUUGUAGACUCAGCACAUGCAUUUAAGAUUCUGUUGGGUAGAAAUUGGCUUGAUAGGUUGGUACCUAAUUGGCGUAAAAAUUUUAUAGAAUCAACGUUGGUCAAUUUCGUAAAAGAAAACUGUGAAGUCGAUUUUACAAAACAUAAACAAUUAUUUAGUAAAGACAACAAUUCAACCAUUAUUGGUUAUGAGGCAGAAAUAGACCUUAAUGAUAAUGCUUAUCCAAUUUUCAGUAAAGCGCAUUCAGUUCCGUUUGGCGUACGACAAAAAGUAGAGGAGGAAAUCCAGAGAUUAUGUGCUAAAGGGGUUAUGGUGCCAACAACCAGAAGUAAAUGGGCGAGUCCCAUAGUUGUAGUAAAUAAAGGUGAUGGUAGCAUAAGAUUAUGUGUGAACUGCAGGAGAACAAUUAAUCGAUUUGUAGAAAAUGAGCAUCACGUUAUUCCGCGAAUUGACGACAUUUUGGCAACUUUGUCUGGGUGGAAAUAUUUUUGUAAAAUAGACUUGACGGGAGCAUAUUUGCAAGUCAAGGUGUCCGAAAGAUCACAAGAAUUUUUAACUGUGAAUACACAUGUUGGAUUAUAUAGGUACACUAGAAUGGUGUAUGGCUUAAAAACGGCACAAAAAAUUUUUUCAAAAAUUAUAAGUGAAAUUUUAAAGGGAUUGAAUAAAGUGCAUUCAUAUUUCGAUGAUCUUCUAAUUGGGGGAGCAAACAUGAAAGAAUGUGAAGAAAAUUUAAAAGCAACUUUAGACAGACUAUUAGAGGCAAACGUAAAAAUUAAUUAUGAAAAAUGCCAAUUUUUUAAAAAGGAAUUAACGUAUUUAGGUUACGUAAUUAAUCAAAAUGGAAUAUUGCCAUCAAGAAAAAAAGUCAAAGCAGUUUUAGAUGCCCCGGCGCCUACAAAUAAAUCAAAACUAAAAUCGUAUUUGGGUAUGGUUAAUUAUUAUAAUCAUUCAAUACCUAAUUUAUUGGCGGAAGUAUCGUCAUUACAUGAGCUAACUAAAAACAAUGUAACGUGGAUAUGGAAUGAAAAACAUCAAAAUAUAUUCGAAAAAUCAAAACAACUUAUUGCGAAUAUUGGCGUUUUAACACAUUAUGAUCCACAAAAACCAAUAAUUAUUUCGUGCGAUGCAAGUCCUUAUGGCUUGGGAGGCGUUCUGUCACAAAUUAUUGACGGUGAAGAACGUUCAGUUCAAUUCGCAUCUAGUACGUUGUCUCCGGCUGAAAAGAAUUACUCUCAACUUCAUCGCGAGGCUUUAGCGAUAGUUUUUGCAGUGAAGAAAUUUUAUAAUUAUAUUUUUGGGUUACCGUUUACCAUUGAAAGUGACCAUCAGCCAUUGCGGGAAAUUUUUUCAAUUAAAAAAGAUCUGCCAUCGGUAGCAGCGAACCGGUUACAGCGAUAUGCUGUUUUUUUAUCAAUGUAUGAUUACUCAAUUAAGUACAAGAAGGGAUCGCAAAUGGGAUAUGCGGACGCGCUGUCUCGUUUACCUCUGCAAGAAGAUACAAAUGAAGAUGACGAUAGUAUUAAUAUUUUUAACCUUAUAGGCGACCUUCCAAUUAAGAUUGACGACAUCAAAAAUGAAAUGUCGAAAGAUGUGGCACUAUUAAAAACGUACAAAUAUGUUAAGAAUGGGUGGCCAGAAAAAAUUGAUAAUAAUUUAAAAAAAUACUUUAAAAUUCGAAUAUCGUUAGCAACUGAAGAUAAGUGUGUUUUUUAUGGUGAAAGGAUUGUAAUUCCAGAGUCAUUGAGACCGAAAACAUUAGAACUGUUACAUAGUGGUCAUAUCGGAAUCGUCCGCAUGAAAGCUGUUGCUAGGACAUAUGUUUGGUGGCCGGGUAUAGAUGCUGCAGUUGAGGAGUUCGUCGGGUCAUGUGAAGCAUGUUGUAUGAAUCAAAAACCGUCGAAACAAAUUUUUACCAACUGGGAAGUAACAAGUGCUCCGUUUGAGCGUAUUCACGCUGAUUUUUGUAAAUUUCAAAAUUUGAAUAUUUUAGUAAUUGUUGACACUUAUUCGAAAUGGCUUGAAGCUAAAAUUUUGCGCAAAACUGACGCUAUUACAGUCAUAGAAGCGUUAAGAUCUACUUUUGCUAUUUUCGGGCUUCCGAAGAAAAUUGUGACGGACAAUGGUCCACCAUUUAGUUCAAAGGCGUUUAUAGAAUUUUUCAUUAAUAAUAAUAUCGAAUGUUUAAAAUCGCCACCAUAUCAUCCGCAAUCGAAUGGCACUGUGGAAAGUUGA